UGAAAAAUUAGGUCUAGAACAAGGUGGUAGUUCGUUCUCAUGUCUUCUUCAAGCUAUUUCUACCAAAUCGAGAUAGAGAGUCUAAUGACGAGAAUGAGUGGUGUUGUAAUUGACUUUAUGUGGAGUUGUUUGAGAUUUUGCAGUAAAUUUCUGGCCCGAGAAAGGGAUAAAAACGAGUGUUGGUUGCUGUCUGAAUCAUGCUCUUUGAAUCGAUGAUGAAAGUAGGUGGUAUUGAUUCUGGUUCAUUAGGAAGGAUGGUUUCACAUGCGAUUUGAGUCUACAGCAACAACAAAGUCAGAUUUUGAAGAUGUUAAGGUUGUGUUCAUGGUGGUGGUUGUAAUUACGAGUGAUCAGUUAGGGAUGGUGGCUGUGUUUCAGGCGUAAAUGGAGAUGAAACCCAUUGAAUCCGAGUGUGGGUUUUACUCGCUGGAUUUGAUUUCAAUCGGGGGCUGUCAAAUUGAGAUGGUGGCAAUGUAAAAUUGUGGACGAGAAUGGAGAUAGAAUCUAACUGAAACAACAACAAUGAAGUUAUGGAUUGGCUAAGAUGGUUUCAGUUGAUGAAGAAAGGAGUUGGUGCUGUAGCCAUUGAGUUGGCUUAAUUUGUUGGGGUUCGUUUAUAUGGACUGAAACUCAAUGAAGAAAGUAACAAGAGUUAGGGUUCACAGGGAAUAGAAGCUGGAGAUUGGUAAGGAAGAUGGGGAUUUUACAUAAGCAGCUCUUGUAAACGUUCAUGGCAGCAACUCUCUGCUAGGUGAUGAUGUACAUGGUUGAAUGGGUCUGGUGUUUGUGUUGUGUAAGCAAUUACUAUGAUGUAUUCCAGUUCUUAGCCUUGAUUUGGUGCAGUUGGUGAUGAUUGAAUUAGUAGAGGAGAUGAAGAUGGUGUUGGUUCGAAUGUUAUGAACUGAAAUUCAGGGAGAAAAGAAUGGAUUGGGAAAGUCCGGUGGAAGUGCUAUGGCAGGAGUUACUAAUGCCUGAAUAUGGAGUUAGGCAGUGAUAUAUGUUGGCUAGUCUUGUAUGGGGCUGUUGCCAUCGGUUCAGGAAAUGGGAGUUGGUGCUGAUGGUCGAGAAUUAGGAGGACUGGAAGCAGAAAGUGGUGCAGUGGCCGGAAUUUGGUGAUGUCUGCAUUUGGAAACUGAAGCUGCUGCAUGGAUUGGGCUUGGCAUCUAUCAGCUGGGUCCAGAUUAACUAUAGUCCCAGCAGCACAUAUAAAUACCAGUCUCAAACUCAAGAGGGGCCGUACUCAGGGAAGAAAACUAGGGUUUGUUGUUUUACUUUUCUACUUGCUAUGAUUUGCUAAACUACUGUUAGGGUGAAAGGAUGAACUUGUAGGCUAGAUUAUUUUAUAUGUUUUGAACAAGAGUUUCUUUUAAUCAAAAUCUUAAUUUUAUGUUUGAGUAUCUCAUAUUGGUUGAUUGUUCUUAUAGAUCUUUUCAUGUUUUAUGCCAAGUAUACUACAUAACUAAGCUAUAGACAAUCCCAUUGAGACCUGAUUGAUUACAGAUUAAUGAAUAUUCUUCAACUUUGUAUGCCAUGUAUACAUAGUGUUUAAUGUUUCUACUUUUAGGUCGAGAUCAAAUAAUCCUUAUUCGAUUAUCAAGAAUUCUUAAUGACAUAUCUUCCAUGUUUAAGUAGCCGUGUGUUGCAACUUUACAUGAGUAAAAAUAGACUCUUGCGAAAGUACAUAAGUAAAACCUAGCCUAUGACGGAUUCCCGGAUCCUUAAUCUUUUCUCAUCUUGUUUGUCACUUCAAUUUAUUUGCUUAUUUCCGUAGUAUAAAGUUCUGAAAAUUUCCACUUGAAUUGGUUUUGAUUAGAAAAUUAGUUGUAUUAGUUAGAAGUAGUUUACACUCCUCGUGGGAACGAACCAAAUUUUUUAUUGUCUACAAUUUGGACACCGUGCACUUGCGGUAAAACAAAGUCGGUCUACCGACCCAUCAAGUUUUUGGCGCCGCUGCCGGGGAGUGGUUGCAAAAACUCUCGUAUUGAUAUCUUCAAUUUUCUAGUCAUAGUUUCUCUACAUAGCGUAUUUUUGUUUUUAUUUUGUUUUUAGUUCCUUUUCAUAUUUUUCUUUUCAGGAACUCUUGUUGCGGCGAUGACGUUUUAUCGGGAUAAGUCCAAGUCUCUCGGAGAUACAGAAAAUCAUUUCGUUCCAAUGGCUCUUAAUCCAUCAGUUUUCACCCCUGAUGAGAUUAUAUAUGAGAGUGUUAAUGAAUGGCAUUUUAGUUUGAUUGGAAGGCGUGAUUUAGUCCAUUUGAAGAUAUCAGUUGCUGCUGCAAAUUUGAGAAAUCAAUGGAAGCUUACAGGUCUUUGGGAAACAGAAUCUCAAUAUCUUAAGCUUAGAUUUUGGGAACGAGAUUUUAAACCGGAGCAACAAAAACCAACCAGUGCCUUUGUAUGGAUUUUAUUUCCUGAUCUUAGUAUUGAAUACUGGAAAGAAGACAUUCUUAUGUCAAUGGGUAAAGCAGUUGGUUGACCAAUUCGUGUUGAUAAUACUACUUUGAAGAAAGAAAUGGGUUAUUAUGCUUGUAUUUUAGUGGGUUGAUUUAACAGACACCAUUCCUAAUACAGUAAUAGUGGAAUCAAAGUACUGUAAAUUUGAGCAAGAAAUACGAGUUUCUGCAUUGCCAAAUUUUGUAGUAAAUAACAAAAUUGUUGGGCAUUUGGUAACAGAAUGUAGAGUGGCAAGGAAAGAGCAACAUCAAGGAAUGAAAAAAAAAAUACUCCACAAAAAGGUACAAAACAUUGGAGGUUUUGAUUUAUGUCCCCCUUAUACCAGUAAUCAAAUUCUGGAUUCAGCAAAACUUGGAGGAAUUAAAAAUGUUGCUAUAAUAUUUCCUGAUACAAGCAGUACUCCUAUUAUUCAGAAUAAGGACUCUACAGCCCACUUCUCAUUUCUGGAUAAGAUUGAAGGUGUUGAUAGGGUAAAAGUGGGAAGGAGAAGCAAGUCCAAGCCACAACAAACUCAUCCCCUUGGAGGUAAAGAGAGAGAAUAGAUCAACCAAAAAUGUAUUUCUAAAUAUCCUUUCUUUCCUUUUAUAAUAAUCUCUCCUACUCCUCUUACGAAGAAACACUCAUAAGAUCAAUAUAUUACAA